UUGCCGCCAAAGCCAAAUCUGCCCCUCUUUCUCUCCAAACCCGCCCCGCCCCCUCCCCUCCCAUUUUAUUUCUACUUUCUGCCGCCUGUGCUUCUCUCUCUCUCUCUCUCUCUCUGUGCGCUAAGAAACCACCAUGAAAGACCUCGAUUACAAGAAAGAUAAAGAACUAGCCAAAGAAUUCCUUUCGAACUUUGCUAAUAUCGAUGGCGAUGCCAAAUACAUGGAAAUCCUUCAAGAAGUCGCGAACCACAAAAUCAGUGCAAUCCAGAUUGAUCUCGAGGACCUAAUUAAUUACCAGGACUUCGACGAAGACUUCCUCAUACGGGUUACAGAAAAUACUCGACGUUACAUUGGAAUUUUUGCAGAUGCGAUUGAUGAGCUCAUGCCGGAACCAACUGAGGCCUUCACGGAUGAUGACCAUGACAUAUUGAUGACUCAAAGGUCUGAUGAUGGACCGGAGAACAUGGACGGUUCUGAUCCUCAUCAGAAGAUGCCUUCGGAAAUCAAGCGCUACUUUGAGGUUUACAUAAGAGCAUCUUCAAAGGGACAGCCAUACACCAUUAGGGAGGUCAAAGCUUCAUAUAUUGGUCAGCUGGUGAAGAUAUCUGGGAUUGUGACACGGUGUUCAGAUGUUAAGCCAUUGAUGCAGGUUGCUGUAUACACAUGCGAAGAAUGUGGUUUUGAGAUUUACCAGGAAGUAACUGCUCGAGUCUUCAUGCCCUUGUUUCAGUGCCCAUCCAAGCGCUGUCUAACAAAUAGAACAAAGGGGAACCUUAUUCUUCAACUCAGAGCUUCAAAGUUUUUGAAGUUUCAGGAGGCCAAAAUUCAAGAGUUAGCCGAACAUGUUCCAAAAGGCCAUAUUCCAAGGACAAUGACUGUCCACUUUAGAGGAGAACUCACAAGAAAGGUAGCUCCAGGUGAUGUUGUUGAAUUAUCUGGGAUAUUUCUUCCCAUUCCUUACACUGGUUUUAGAGCAAUGCGUGCUGGCUUAGUUGCAGAUACUUACUUAGAGGCCAUGUCGGUCACACAUUUCAAGAAAAAAUAUGAAGAAUAUGAACUUAGAGGAGAUGAGGAAGAGCAGAUUGCACGUUUAGCCGAGGAUGGUGAUAUAUAUAAUAAGUUGGCACGAUCAUUGGCACCUGAAAUUUAUGGACAUGAAGAUAUUAAAAAGGCUCUGCUUCUUCUCCUUGUGGGUGCUCCUCACAAGAAGCUGAAAGAUGGGAUGAAGAUAAGAGGAGAUUUACAUAUUUGUUUGAUGGGUGACCCUGGAGUUGCAAAGAGUCAGCUUCUUAAACACAUAAUCAAUGUAGCGCCCAGAGGAGUGUAUACUACUGGCAGAGGAAGCAGUGGAGUUGGUCUAACUGCUGCUGUUCAGAAAGAUCCAGUCACGAAUGAGAUGGUCCUAGAAGGUGGAGCAUUGGUGCUAGCAGAUAUGGGAAUUUGUGCUAUUGAUGAGUUUGACAAGAUGGAUGAAUCAGAUCGUACAGCAAUACAUGAAGUUAUGGAGCAGCAAACUGUCAGCAUUGCCAAGGCUGGGAUCACUACAUCCCUGAAUGCAAGAACUGCUGUUCUUGCUGCUGCUAAUCCAGCAUGGGGGAGAUAUGACCUACGGAGAACUCCAGCUGAAAACAUUAAUCUUCCUCCAGCACUUCUAUCAAGAUUUGAUCUUCUAUGGUUGAUCCUGGAUCGAGCUGAUAUGGAUAGCGAUCUUGAGAUGGCUAGGCAUGUUGUUUAUGUCCACCAGAAAAGGGAAUCUCCUGCUCUUGGUUUCAAGCCCCUUGAGCCAUCUGUGCUUCGUGCAUAUAUUUCAGCUGCAAGAAGAUUGUCUCCUUCCGUUCCUAGGGAACUUGAGGAGUAUAUUGCAAGUGCGUACUCCGGCAUUCGACAAGAAGAAGCUAAAUCCAAUACUCCUCAUUCUUAUACGACUGUCAGAACUCUGCUCAGCAUUCUUCGGAUAUCAUCUGCACUUGCAAGACUCCGAUUCUCUACAACUGUGGCUCAGAGUGAUGUGGACGAGGCACUUAGAUUAAUGCAGAUGUCGAAGUUCUCUUUGUAUUCUGAUGAGCGUCAGAAAUCUGGUCUGGAUGCUAUUUCAGAUAUCUACUCAAUUUUGCGAGAUGAAGCUGCUAGAGCUAACAAGAUGGAUGUGAGCUAUGCCCAUGCGCUGAAUUGGAUUUCCAGGAAGGGAUACAGUGAAGCCCAACUGAAAGAAUGUCUGGAGGAAUAUGCAGCGCUGAAUGUGUGGCAGAUACAUCCCCAUACUUUUGACAUCCGAUUUAUCGAUGCCUGAUGAUAUUUCUUGUCCUGUGGCAGUUCCAUGCCCCUUCAAAGAUUAUGUAGAUUGUACUAAUUGCGUUUUAUUUAUUUUCCUUAGGCACUGAUGUUUAGUGUUAGCAUCUGUAUUAUAUAUUUUUAACUGGAACUAUUUUUAACUUAAAAUAUGUUGACUUUGCCUU